CUCCGGUCCUGGUCUUGUUGUGUUGCCCCUGGUCCCGGUCUGACUCCGGUCCUGGCCUUGUUGUGUUGCAGGUAUCUCCUGGAGCAGGACUUCCCUGGGAUGCGGAUCGGACCGGAGCCGACCACGGACGGCUUCAUCGCGGUGAUGCACGGGGAGACGGAGGGCGUCAUCCCCGGGAACGCGCUGGUGGUGGAUCCCAACAAGCCCUUCAGGAAGCUCAACGCCUUCGGGAACGCCUUCCUCAACCGGUUAAUCUGCUCCCAGAUGCCCAACCAGGUCCUCCAGAGCAUCAGCAUCAUCGACACGCCCGGCAUCCUGUCAGGGGAGAAGCAACGCCUCAGCAGAGGCUACGACUUCUCUGAGGUGCUGCGCUGGUUUGGGGAGCGUGUGGACCGGAUCAUCCUGCUGUUCGACGCCCACAAGCUGGACAUCUCGGACGAGUUCUCCGAGGCCAUCAAGGCCUUCAGGGGGCAGGACGACAAGAUCAGGGUGGUCCUGAACAAGGCCGACCAGGUGGACACCCAGCAGCUGAUGCGUGUGUACGGCGCCCUCAUGUGGUCCCUGGGGAAGGUGAUCAACACCCCCGAGGUGGCCCGCGUCUACCUGGGCUCCUUCUGGGCCAAGCCCCUCCAGAACUCAGAGAACAGGCGUCUGUUCGAGGCGGAGACCCAGGACCUGUUCCGGGACAUCCAGGGUCUGCCGCGGAACGCUGCCCUGCGCAAACUCAAUGACCUCAUCAAGAGGGCGCGGCUCGCCAAGGUACACGCCUACAUCAUCAGCCACCUGAAGAAGGAGAUGCCCUCUCUGUUUGGGCGGGAGAAGAAGAAGGAGGAGCUUAUCAUGCGCCUGCCAGAGAUCUACACCAUCCUGCAGCGAGAGCACCACAUCAGCCCUGGAGACUUCCCCAACGUCACCAAGAUGCAGGACCAGCUGCAGCACUACGACUUCAGCAAGUUCCCGUCCCUGAAGAUGAAGCUGAUCGAGAACGUGGACAAGAUGCUCGCCCACAAGAUCGCCGGGCUGAUGGCCAUGAUCCGGGAGGAGGAGUCUCUGGCCCCGCCCCCCAUGGUGAUGGGCGGCUGCUUCGAGGGCUCCCAGGACGGGCCCUUCGGCCACGGCUACGGCGAGGGCGUGAGCGCCGGGGAGGACGGCGAGGAGUGGAUCGUGAACCGGGACAAGCACCGCUACGACGAGAUCUUCUACACGCUCAAUCCCAUCAACGGCAAGAUCUCGGGGGUGAACGCCAAGAAGGAGAUGAUGAGCUCGCGGCUGCCCAACACCGUGCUGGGCAAGAUCUGGAAGCUGGCGGACUGCGAUCACGACGGCAUGCUGGACGACCAGGAGUUCGCGCUGGCGCAGCACCUCAUCAAGGUGAAGCUGGAGGGCUACGAGAUCCCCUCGGAGCUGCCGGCCCACCUCAUCCCCCCCGGACACCGCAAGAACCCCACCGCCGACACCCUCUACCCCCGCGUCGAGGACUAGCGUCGAGGACGCUGCGCUACACUAGCAUGCUACGCUAGGAUAGCACGCUACACUAGCACGCUACACUAGCACACUAAUCUGGCACGCUACACUAGCAUGCUAAUCUAGCACGCUACACUAGCGUGCUAAGCUAGAAAGCUAGGAUAGCAAGCUAGGCUAGCACGCUGUGAUCGCAUGCUAGUAUAGCAAGCUAGGCUAGCACGCUGUGAUCGCAUGCUAGUAUAGCAAGCUAGGCUAGCACGCUGUGAUAGCAUGCUAGCUAUGCCUCCUGGCCCCGAAACUAAAUGACUCUGAACAAUGAAAAUAAAGUCAAAUGUAAACAUUUAUCACAGCUGAACCCAACUCUCCCUUCCCCCAUGGUAGCCCCAUGGUAGCCCCAUGGUAGCCCCAUGGUAGCCCCAUGGUAGCCCCAUGUUAGCCACAUGUUAUCCACUCCACUAGAUCAAAGCUAAUGUGAAAAAGACUUAUGAUGAUUCCUUUGUGAUUUCAGAAGAUAAAUUAUAAAAUUAUAAAUCUUCCAACGCAUACGUACAGAAUCAUUCCACCCCCCUUACCAAAGGAGUAGAACACCACAGUAUGCAACUUCACAGUAAGAUAAUACAACCAAGGUGUUAUUUAAUCGCUUCCAUCCUGACCAUUGGAGGUGUCUGCAGGUUUUGUGGGUGAACGAAUUUGUGACUGGAUAAAUGCAUUUAAUGCGUUGAAUGUUAUUCCAUAUAAUUAAUUGUAAUCUAUUUUUCAAAAUAUGAAUGUAUUUUAGGUAAGGUAGAAGAAAACUGUUAAAAAAAUUAGUAAAUACAAAAAUACGUUGUACCAGCUUCUCAAUAUGUAAAUGUGUAAAAGGUUGUCCUCAUAGCGUCACUAUUCAACCCACUGGAACAGUACUAGGCUUCGUGAUCCCCGCAGCCAGAAGGGAAGAUGGAGGCAGCUCAGAGGUCACGGGGACAGACGGUGAUGACGGCUGAAGCGUUUCUCCUCUGGGACCAGAGGGCCGCUGCCGGUCGUCGCCUGGCUUCCUCUCAUUGUAGCGCUGACCUACGACCUGGACCUGGGUCGGACUUUCCACUCGACCUAGAUCCCCUGUCUCUCUCAAGACUUUGACAUUUGAACAGCUCCUCCUCCUCCUCUUUCACCUUCUCCUCUUCCUCUUUCUCCUCCCCCUUCUCUUUCACCUCCUCCAACUCCUCCUCACCACCUUUCGGACACAACUGUCAACAGUUGCCUCAAUUCCCUCCUCCCUUUUCCUUCCCAGUCCUGGAAACCAUCCCGAAGCUUUGGCUGUGUCACGUGACCUGCAGGCUGUCACGUGACCUGCAGGCUGUCACGUGACCAGUGGCCGGUGCGUUCCUAUGACAGAGCUCACGGGCUCUGGAGGAUUGAGCAGCCAUUUUUUGAGUGAACAAGCAGUGCCUUCAGUCUGAUGAAGAUACCAGUCAUCAUCGUCAUCCUCAUCAUCACUAUGCCUUCUGUACGACGAUACUUGGGUUUCAGGGAGAAAUAUAUUUUCAUGAGGUUUCAUGAGGUAUGUUAUUAUUUUUAUGUAAUUAUUGGAAAGGGAAGUGUUGUUGCCAUCUUGUUCUAGAAGCUUCUCACGAAGAUCUCCAAUCGAUCACCAAUCGAUCUAUCGAUCACCAAUUCAGUCCAAUUCAUCAACAAUCACAGCUUCCCUUGGCUGAAUGCGUUGUGAUUUGGGUUUAAUGAGUGUGAAUGUUACAGCUGCGUUCUCGUUGUAGAGAGGACUCCUGUACUGCUCGCGUGUCUGUCUUUAACGGGAAAACAAUAAACCCUGUUACUCAUUUUAA